AUGGAGUCUUCGGAUCGUACUACUACUGAUGUAGUGCAUCCCGAAGUUCGGGCGCACGUCAACAGUCUUGUCUCAGCUCUUGGUGGUUUCAGUGCUGACGAUGAUGGACGCUACGUAUUUGGAGACUCUGCCCUAGAGGUUUUACGUGAUAUUAAGAAAUGGAUUCGAUUCUACGACGAGAAAACGAACCGAAUGGAUGUUGCGCGAUGCUUGUCCGAAGCGAACAUAAUUGAGGGCGAUUUAUUACAUAUUAUCGCGGCUUGGUCCGAAAACGAGACCGACAAUAAAUUUAGGGCGAGGGCUGCUCUGGCAUGUUUGGAGAUUAUGGUUCCGUUGACAUGGCCACUGGAACGGGAUCUCGACCAGAUGACCAUCAACCACCAUCGACAUCUCCCGGUGCUACAGAUUGCCCAGGUCGGCUAUAAGCGUGCUAUAAUAAACUUCGAUGCUGCCCAGGUUCUUCAUACCGCUGUACGGGUUGCAUUACCUUCUAUGGCUCUGUCCCGUGGUGAUCGAUCUGGACGUGACGAAGGCAUCAUCAAGCUAAUCUUACUAUUCAUACGAAAUGUUGCUAUGAUUUCGCCACCCCCUGGAAUCAAAUACGACGGCGACGAAUCUCAGAUCUCGCGAUCGGCUCUAAUUGAUGCGUUUUCUUAUCAAGAUAUUCUACUUACUCUCCUUACGAUUGCUUCCAAUACGGGGGAGGAUUUUAACCAGGAAGGCAUCAUUGUGAUGGAGAUUAUAUUCCAUCUAGUCAAGCGUGUUGAUGUUUCUAAGCUGUUCAUGGAUGAGAAGCAGCUUAGCAAGACACAGUCGAACGAACUCACAGCAAUGAUGAAUAAAGAGGCAGCAAUGCACCGGCCUUACAAUCGAAAGGCCCCAUCUAGGCAUAAUCGAUGGGGGACUAUGGUCUGGGUGGAUCGAGGCGAUGGCAAGGUUUCAACUAUCAGUGGCCAGGAUGCCUUGCUGGAUGCGGCGAAGAGACAGCAUAAGAUGGACAACAGCAAGGUAUAUCGACCUCCACGGAGACCAAGGAAAGAGGAAAUGGAGCCAAAGGAUCUAGGCCCUCCAGUAUCACUAAACGUUAGAGCGCGACAGCAGCUCAAAGGUUUCGUGGAGGAAUUCCUAGAUUCUGGCUUCAAUCCUCUCUUCCAGCACGUCCGAAAGAAGCUUGACGAGCAAAAAGACUAUAUCUUCGAAUAUCACUCGCGUCAAUUCUUCUAUCUAGUAUCCUGGUUUCUGGAAGCUGAAAGAGUACGGAAGAAGGCCGCGAAGGAUCGCAAGUCGGCUAGCGCUGAAGAUUUUGGUUAUUUCAACCUUGUUGCUGGGGUGCUCAAUCAGCAAACAUUUAUUACGUUGAAUAGAGCCAUUGGAGAUUCGUUAGAAAGCAAGCGUUGGCAAGUGUUAUGCGCUGCUAUGCGAUGUUUUACUCAGAUACUUUUGACAGUUCAAGAGAUGUCAGAGUCAGGUAAUGAGGAAGACGAAGAGAUUGCAGAUAAUAUUCUUAGCCGCAUUUUUUACGAAGAGGAGACGCACGACAGAAUUGCGAAUAUUGCAAGGAACUACAAGGAUCAAGGCUUCGAGUAUCUCGACGCUUGCACUGAACUUACACAGACUUACCUUCGCGUUCUGGAAGCGUAUUCGAAACAGAACGUGGAUAUGCAAGUACGGUCAAGACGACGUGUCCGAAAAAAGAAGAAGGCCGCGAAAGCCACUGGAGAUGACGAAGAGAACCCCGUUGAAGAGGAAGACGAUUCCGAGAACGACCAGGCGAAUGCGGAACGAACAUCAAGCGAACGAAAGUUCGACUUCGGUCGUUUUGUGAAUCGGUUUACCCCUCAAGGCGUGGUGGAUACGUUCGUCCAAUUCACGAAAUACUACCAGGACCUAAAUGAUUCUCAACUGAAGCGGGCACAUCGGUACUUUUACCGCAUAGCCUUUAAACAGAAUAUGAGUGUUAUGCUCUUUCGAAUCGACAUUAUACAAUUAUUCUACAGUAUGAUUAAGGGCCAGGAACCUCUGGAUAAGGGCUCAACAAUGUUCAAGGAAUGGGAGGAGCUGGCGAAGCAGAUUCUGAAGAAGUGCAUCCGCAAAAUCGAGGAGCGGCCACAAUUGAUCAUCGAAAUGCUGUUCUCUAAAAUCAAUGCUACAGCACAUUACUUGGAGUAUGGUUACGAGAAACAGACCCUAUCUACGUCGCAGUCCAGGCCGGGAGCCGAGUUAGAGUUCCGACAUAUCGAGGAGCGGGAACAGCAAAUUGCGAUUGCUGUUGGUGUUUUGCUGGAUAAAAACCUGGCUGAUCAUAUCAACUGGGUUAAGGGCCAGCUAUCUACAGCAGAAACCGAGAAAAGGGCCUGGGAAGCAGCUGACAAAGCAAUGCCCUCAAUAGAAGGAGCUGGUAAUGAAGGCGAGCAGCAGAAUGAAGAGAAUGCUCCUAAAGAAUCUCCUCCUAUUUCUAUACGCCCGGAUAAUGAUGCUCGUCGCACUGCCAUGUUCAAGAAUUCUCAUCUCCGACUUCUCAUGAAGCUCGUUGGUUUUGAACGACUCGUUCCAAGCGUGGACGAGACUCCUGAAUCUGCUUGGGUUAUCCCGCCGCACGUGACAGCCGACCAAAUACAGGAUUCCCUCGACCUAAUCAAAAAGGCCGAGUUCAAUCCGCCAACAUUCGACGACGGCAAGCUAGCUGAAGACCAGCUAAGGAGGAAGGCGGCAGUACGGAAGAAGGCAGUCUUCGAUGACGAUGACGAAGGUAUCGCUGACGACGACGACGACGAAAUUCUCUUCCCUGCAGGCGGCCCAACGGCAAGAAAGGUAGCAGACGAGUUUCUAGAUAAGCCGAAGAAGACCCGACGGCGGCGACGGCGCGGCAGUGAUGCAGAAGAGCCUAGCGAAGAUCAACUAGAGGAGAAAGCGCGUGCACGUAAGGAACGUGAAAAAGCCAAGGCGCGGCGGUUUAAGAGUGACUUGUAUGUGCACGCGAGUGACGACGAGUCGGACGAUGGAGAGCGGUGGGCCGAGUUUUACGCCAACGAAGAACGCAUUCGGAAGCGGCAAAGUGCGACGGCGGCGAAAAACGCGGUUGCAGUUACGACAUCCGCUGUCCCGAAACAGGCCGAGAAGCGCAAGGCGCAGGAGCUACUGGGGCACGAUAGCGAUAAUGAUGAUGAUCUCAUCUUACCGCAGGGGUCGGAGGAUGAAGAUGAAGAUGAGGGUGAAAGGAGAGAGAAUGGCACGCCAAGGACGGAUGAUACGCCGUUGUCAUCAAGUCCGCGUGCGGGCUCGGUAUCGAGCGCGAAGAGAAGGCGUUUGUCGAAGGAGCCUCCCAGUUCGGCACCGGCCGCUACUGAUGAAGAUGUCGAGAUGGCAGAUGCAGAUGCGGAUGACGAUGAUGUGCCUGCUGCGAAAGCGCCUACGAGGCGGCGGGCUAGGGCGGGAUUUAUUGUUGAUAGCAGCGACGAAGAAUAA